CAGAGACUGCGGACACAUUACAGGAGAUGACCAGAGACUGCGGACAUAGUACAGGGGAUGACCAGAGACUGCAGACAUAGUACAGGGGAUGACCAGAGACUGCGGACAUAGUACAGAAAAUGACCAGAGUCUGUGGACAUAGUACAGGAGAUGACCAGAGACUGCGGACAUAGUACAAGGGAUGACCAGAGACUGCGGACAUAGUACAGGAGAUGACCAGAGACCUUUCAGCAAUGCACAUAUAUCCAGAGGUGUGUUACUGGCCAGAUCACCAGGUGAAAACAGAGGGAAAAAGCCUAAAAAA